AUGGCAGCUAUGGUUAUAGUGGAACAUGUUGUAGAAUUCGUAAUUCCAAAAUUUCUGGAGACCUCUUGGACCGAUCGUAGACCUGAUUUUAAAGUUAAUAUGACAUUUAGUAAUCAAGGUUUUAUACGUUCCUUGAAUUGGUUUGAAAGGGACAUUACUUCACCGGUAGCACGUCUGGUAAUUUUGCAAAAGGAUUGUUGCGAUAGAACUUCUACACUCUACAAUUUAACUACACGUUUGUGCGAUAUUCAACAAUUUAUUAGUAAAGUGCCCAUGUUUAAGGAAACUAUUUUAAAGGCUCUCAAACAGGGCAAUUAUACGUAUGAAUGUCCCUUGAGAAGAGGAUUUUAUGUUAUGGAUAAUGUACGUAUUAAUAGUCGUAAUCCUAUAUUGGCAUUUAUGUAUCGACCCAAUAGAACUUUUACUUUUACGGGUGGUCUGUAUGAGGAGUUGGCGAAUAGGAGUAUAUUACCUUUGUCAACAUAUCGGUUUACGGGUAAAAUCGUAAAGAAGGUGUGUAAGGAAUUCUGA